AUGUCGGGGCUCUCCGUGCUGCUGGUGAACGUGGUUGUCGUCACGACAAUUAUGAUCGGCGUCGCGUCCUCGAUAAGAGCAAAUCGGAUCGAAAGACCGGCCAUAAGUCGAAAAGUCGUCAAUAGAAUCGUUAAUCGAGAUGCAGUACCGUUCACCGAUUCGUCAUCUAUAUUCUUUUUGCAUUUGCUUAAACACAAACCGCAAUAUCAGAAGCUAGACAGGAUCCCGACCACCACCGCCGCCCCGGUGACCAGAGCUUGCAUUUGCGUACCUUUCUAUCUAUGCGAUAGUAAUCAGACUAUUAUCACCGACGGAUCAGGAAUAAUCGAUGUUCGUGCAGGUGCCGAGCAAUGUACCGGACCCUUCGAGGUCUGCUGCUACCCGCCAAAUGGCACGGUACCUACUAUGCCGCCGACCAUCCCUACAAUAACAUUUCCGACUGUAUCACCAACAAUACCUACAAUAACAUUCCCAACUGUAUCACCAACUACAGCUCCACCAAGUCCAUCGCCAACUCCGACCGGACUUCCGUAUUGCAUCUGCGUGGAUAUAUCGCUGUGCGACCCUAACGGGAUAGUCACCAUCUCCGGCGAGGGUGUGAUAGAUCCUCGGUAUGGACUGUGCCCCGGCACUCAGGUCUGCUGCAGGAUCCUGGCGAACACGACGCUGCCACCGACAGUACCUACGAUAACAUUCCCAACUGUAUCACCAACUACAGCUCCACCAAGUCCAUCGCCAACUCCGACCGGACUUCCGUAUUGCAUCUGCGUGGAUAUAUCGCUGUGCGACCCUAACGGGAUAGUCACCAUCUCCGGCGAGGGUGUGAUAAAUCCUCGGUAUGGACUGUGCCCCGGCACUCAGGUCUGCUGCAGGAUCCUGGCGAACACGACGCUGCCGCCGACGAAUCCGCCGACCACGAUGACCACGAUGCCACCCACGACCGGAACACCUGGACAGACGCAGCUGUGCUUCGUGUGCGGCAAUAUCACUAUAUGUUUCACAUGCAUGGUCGUCAUCUCACCCGGUGGUGGUGGCAUGAUAGAUCCCAGAGUCUCUCAGGUCCUAACGGAUGGGAGUAUCUGCUCGAUGACGAACUUACCGUCCUGUCAAAAUGUCAAAAUGUCAAAUCCGAUCCGAACUAUGGAUCUAGGCCCGGUGAAGAAUCCGGGGACAUCGCAGGAGUGUUACUGCGUGAAGAGCUGGCUGUGUUCCGAAGGAAACGCGGUCAGUCCGGAUGGUUUGGGCAUAAUCGACUCGAGAUUUACGGUGUGCUCGUCGACGGAUCAAGUAUGCUGUCGGCUCGUUGGAAUCAAUCUUCAGAGUUUUCGCGCUUCCUCAUCUGGAAAUUCGUUCACGAAAAGAACAUCCGAUGGCUCAUCUUCACGGGUCACUUGUGGUAUUCAAAACAAUAACUACGCCCCGCGUAAGUACAAGUUGUUCUAUUCGACAAAAUUUUGUCUAUAUAAAACUGUACUCGACAAUGACUCCAGUCGUUUAUAUAGCGCAGCUUACCCCCCUGACUCCGAGAAAACCUAUUUUGCUGAAUUCCCAUGGAUGGUCGCGCUUCUCCUAAAAUCUAGCAAUCCUUACGUUUUUCAUUGUGGUGCUUCACUGAUCAGCAGUGGAGCCAUCCUUACUGCAGCCCACUGUGUUGAAAACCAACGGCCUGAAAACUUGAUCGCACGCUUCGGCCAGUGGAACUUGGGAAGUAAUGUUCAACCGUUGCCUAUCCAAGAGGUGAAUAUCCUCGCGAUAGCUAUACACCCGUCAUUUUACCACGACGGGCUGUUCCAUGAUGUAGCUGUUCUUGUUUUGGAAAAACCAGUUAUUUAUGGUGCGAAUAUCCUGCCGAUUUGCCUUCCCGAACAAGGUAUGGUCUUCUUGGCUGGGACCAGUUGUUACGGAAUAGGAUGGGGCAGUGAUUCGUUCGGACCGGAAGGGAAGUAUCAAGCUGAGCUUCGAAGAGUAAAUCUUCCUAUCAUCGAUCGAGAUGACUGCCAGACACGUUUACGAAAUACGAAAUUGGGUCAGUACUUUCAACUACAUGGUUCGUUUAUUUGCGCUGGCGGCGUGGCAAAUAAAGACACGUGUCGUGGUGACGGCGGCGGACCUUUAGUUUGUCAAGCCUCUACGGGACAGUACUUUCAGGCUGGCAUUGUGUCAUGGGGUAUCGGCUGUGGAGCUAAUGUUCCUGCGGUAUACGCCAGCGUAUCGCAACAUCGUCAAUGGAUAGAUCAACAGUUCGCUACUUACGGCGUAUAACGAUGUAUAGUGUAGUACAUUUAAUAACAUUUAUUUGAACAACUGCGAUGUACUUUUUACGCGUACUAAUGUCUCUCGUGUAACUUAUAAUAAUAAUAAUUAGACGUUGUUUUAAUUACUUUUUA